UUUAGCGGAGAGAGUGUCACCAAUACCUCCUAUUUUUAAUGCUGAUCACUCUUUUUUAAUGUCAGAGAGAGCAGACAUUUUCAACAUGCCUGAGGCUAUGCCUCGGUGGGCCAGGACAAGUCUGGGUGCAGGAGCUGGCUGUGUUCUUCUGAUGUCCAUGUACCUCAUGUUCAACACUCGCAGGAAGAAAUCCAGGACGAACAUUGUUGUCUUUAGUCGCUAUCCGACACCUGGUGCCACAAAGACGAGGUUGGUGCCUGAACUGGGGCCAAGUGGGGCAGCUAGAGCCCAGCGGUAUAUGAGCGAACACCUCUUUAGUGAACUGACAAAGCUCCAGUCAAAUGGGGACUUGCCAGCACCCCAUGUCACGGUCUCUUACAGUGGAGCCACGGAGCCUCAGAUGGACCGAUGGUUGGGGCGUAGAUUUGCCAAGAUGGAUGUCUCGUGGUCUCCCCAACUGCCGGGCCUGUGCCUUGGCGAGAAGCUUGCGUACGCUUUCCGUGAGAGCUUCUCACAGAACCACACUUACACGAUUGUUAUUGGGAGUGACAUUCCUGGAAUCACCACUGACAUCCUGAACGAAGCCAUGACACUCCUGCAGUCUCCAAGCACUGAUGCCGUUCUGGGGAAGGCUGAAGAUGGGGGAUACUACCUCAUAGGAAUGCGAGAUAGCUGCAGGGGAAUUGUUGAUGACUUGUUCAAGGGCAUCAAGUGGGGUAGCGAGGAAGUGUUUCAGCAACAGGCCGUAGCGUGCCGUCGCCUCAACCUGAAGCUACACCUACUCCCAGUAACCCUCAAUGAUGUGGAUUACCCUGAAGAUUUACCGGUUCUGGAGGCCCAUGUUGGAGUGCCAAGUUCGGAACUGAAACAUCCACAUUGGAGCGUCGUCAUCCCCACAUAUAAUGAGGCUGAUAACAUAGCUCGCACUCUCAGGGAUUUGUUGAAGAGGGUGAACUGUACGGACAAUAUUGCCGAAAUUGUUGUGUCAGAUGGAGGAAGUUCGGAUGACACAGUUAAGAUCUGUCAGGAAUUUGCAAGGUCAUCUCCUGUAAAGGUCAAGGUUGUUUCAAGUAAACCUGGCCGGGGGAUUCAGCAGCAUACUGGAGUGAUGGAGUCCAGCGGUUCCAUGAUUCUGUUCCUACACGCGGACACCCUGCUGCCCCGAGACUUUGAUGUCCUCAGUAGUGAGGCCCUGGCCACACCAGGAAAUGUGGCCUCGGCUUUCACACUGGACUUUGAUGGUUUACACCGGAAUACAGGUGUGAACAUCACCUGUCAGGAAGAUAAAUUUGCAGUUGUCCAAUACAGGAAAUCACGUGGCUUGCCGGUGCUAGACUGGAUGACAUAUUACAGGCUCAAGAUUGUACAGCUGUUUGCGAAUCGUUUUAAUCGCAUCACUGAGGAUCCUCACGGUGACCAGGCCCUGAUGAUGACAAGGAAGAUGUAUGACCGUGUCGGAGGAUUUGACCCUGUCUUCCUGAUGGAAGACUACAUGCUUGUUAGGAAGCUACACAAGAUGGGCCAUGUUGUUACACUGCCACAGUCAGUCAUCACGUCAUCACGCAGAUUUGAAACCAAAGGUGUCUUCAAGACGAUGUUAAUAAACAGAUCGGUGAUCAUGCUGUACACUCUGGGUGUGGAACCAAACACUCUGGCACAGCUUUACUAUGGGAGGAAGUUGAAGAAGGAGUGAUGGAACUGCUGGUACUGGUCAUAUGUUACAGGUGUAGGUCCGACAGACAGAGUGAAGGUAGCAUAGACGGGGUUUAGAGAGUUGAGGGAAAAUGGGUGGGACGGAGAGAGUCGAGGGAAAAUGGGUGGGAUGGAGAGAG